CUUUCUCCGUCUUAGCUUGCAAGGCUUUUGCCUCUCUGUAUCUGUAUCCUUUCCUUAUAUUCUCGCUGUAUCAUGAAAGAACGGGCUCCUAGUACGACAACGGCCAAGAAGAGACGUCUACGAGGUGCCUGCGACUUAUGUAAACAAAAGAAGAUACGAUGUGACAGUGCCAAGAUGCCUGGAAAUAUCUGCUCCAGCUGUAUAGCCUAUAAUGAAGAAUGUACUCAUAUUUCCUCGAAUACGAAGAAGGAUGUUAAACCCCGGAGCGCUUAUAAUUUUGUCAACUAUGCUAGUCCACCCUUUGAUCAGCUGGGGGAAGGUUCUAAUGUCAAUAGCUUUCAAAUUUCUGCCGGUAGCUCUGUUUUGAAGGCGCAAAUUAAUGACAUUCUAACCGACUCAUAUGUGGCGCCAUCGGAUCCCUCAAUUGCUAAACAGCUGCUGGUAGAUUUGGCGACCUCUGUCCAUGCAUUGGAAUCUGAACUAGCCGUCUGCCGGCAAGUGCUGGCUCGCGAAGUGUCUGUACCUGUUUCAGUCUCGAACAUAUCAUCUCCUAUACCUGUCACAGCUGUCGCUGAUGAGGAUGCGACUACGGUGGUCGAGGAUAAAACAGAUGUAUACCUGACCGAUUCUUUAAAACGACUGACUAUUGGACAGUCCCGCCAUCGGCAUUAUGGCAAAUCGAGCGCCCUUAUGCUGAUGAAAAGGGCCGUUGAAAUAAAGAAAGAAUUCACUGGUACUUCUGAAGGGUUGUCCUUUGAAGCCAAGCGUCCAGAGUUUUGGAAUGAUCAACCGUGGCAAAAAUCUCUACAUGAAGAUGAACACCAGCCGCUGCUCGUGUUUCCAGAUGAUGACCUUCUACAGGACCUCAUCGAUCUCUAUUACGAAGAGUGUGAUAUGAUAGUGCAUCUUAUCUACCGACCGAAGUUCGAGAAAAACGUCGCUCAAGGAUUACACCUUUAUGACAGGCGUUUUGGAAGCGUGGUUUUGUUGGUCUGUGCCAUAGCAGCACCUUAUUCCAACGAUCCUCGGGUUUUUCUUGAUCCUGCUCAGGAACAUUCCGCCGGAUGGCAAUGGUACCAACAAGUUCGACCUAUACCAAGCUCUUUCGUGGCACCGUCGUCAAUAUAUGACCUACAAAUAUAUUCCCUCAUGGUCCUCUACGCUAACACAUCUACCACCCCCGAAUUAAGCUGGGUGCUACCUGGCCUUGGAAUCCGCAUGGCACAAAGCGUAGCCGCCCAUCGCCGCAAGCCAGAUAAGUCAGAAUGGACAGUGGAGGACGAAGAGUGGAAAAGAGCAUUCUGGGCUAUUUUUUGUGUGGAUGUCUUCAGCUGCGUCACAACAGGAAGGCCGCUUGCGACGACGUCGGACGACUAUGACCUUGAUAUGCCUAUAGAAUGCGAUGACGAAUAUUGGGAGCAUCCGAAUCCAAGCCGAGCCUUUAAGCAACCUGCUGGGAAGCUUUCGACUGUUACGUUCUGGGUCAAAUAUUUGGAGUUAUUGGAAAUUUUUGCUUUUAUGCACCGUACCAUUUAUGCCGUUAAACGGUCUGCGAUAUCAAAGGAAAUGCGGGGCCCUGAAUGGGACAGUCGGGUGGUCGUCACCAUUGAUUCUGCCUUGAACAAGUGGGUUGAUUCGGUACCUGAUCACCUGAGGUGGAAUCCCCACAAUCCCGAUCCGAGAUUCUUCAAACAGUCAACACUGUUGUAUUCCGUCUACUAUUGGGUCCAAAUACAAGUUCAUAGGCCAUUUAUAUCUACCGUUAGUCAGCCCUCGCCGAUAUCGUUUCCUUCCCUUGCCAUAUGUGCGAACGCGGCACGAUCUUGCUGUCAUGUCCUUGAUACAUACCAGCAAAGGGGGUUCCGACCACUUACUGUCGCAGAGAUAUCCCUCUUUUACUCAGCUAUCAUACUCCUGAUUAAUGUUUGGCGAGGGCGCAAGUAUGGGAGCUCAGCGUCGCUGGAUAGAGACAUUGAUGACAUCCGUAAAUGUAUCAAUAUCCUACAAGUGCACGAGAAAAGGUGGCAAAUCGCUGGGCGUUACAAUGACAUGUUGCGUGGCCUGCUCGCGGACCUAGACUCUAUCCCAGUGACACAUGUUCCAUCACUGAAGCGUACCCGAGAAGGGGAGGAAGUUUCGUCUACUCCUCUCACACUCUCACCACUACCUGUGUUGGAGUGGGCACAUCCUUCUACGGAGUCCCUUCCACCGGACCCAGAAAUAGAUGCUAUUAACUCCCAACAGCUCUUCAACCUCCCUCUGUAUACCGAUGAACUGGGGCGACCUUCUCUAGCUACUGAUUAUUUAGGGAAAGGUGUGGACGGGAAUGAUUACGCGGAAUGGUUCCAACAGCAUUUCCCGGGUGACACCUUCCUUUCGACGGGGUACUCGAAUGAGAUGUCGUGGUCCGCUGCGGACCAUCCUGGCCGUCUAUCUGGCGGCUUUCUGUCCAGUUUUAUGGGAGAAUAUAACGCACACUUUGAGAUACCCCAACAGCAAGCGGGAAACAGCCCGGCUUCAAUUGACCAAGAGAUGGCAAAAUGGUUUAGUCAGAAUUAGGAAACAAGUCAUCCCCACAUUGCCUAGUUAUAAGUUAAAGAUAUUAUGUUUUGGAUAAUCAGUGUUGCGGAAUGUGGCUCGGGCGUCCCUUUCCAUAGUUAUCGACUGCGCCCUGUGAAAGGCGUUUUCGCUCUCUUUGGCUAUUCGAUUGCAGCUGUGUCGCCUCGCGGAACCAAAUUACAGAUUACCGAACUGCCGAUAGCUGACAUCAUAACACAUUCCCUCCCCCCUGUGGAGGCCCUCCUUCAUA